AAAUACAAGUUGUUAUACAAAUACAACUUAAUAUUUACAAUGUAUUAUGUUCAUUAAAAAAGCUAAAACUGUUAUUUAUAAUACCUGAAAUCUAAAUUCUGAUAUUUUUUUGUGUAGUUAUUUAGUAGGUUGACAUAAUUUUUUGAAUUAUUAUAAUUUGAUACCUAUAAAUUAUAUAUAAACCGAAUAAUUAACACAAUGCAUCAAUGAUGGACACUGUGAUGAUGGAAGACCACCAAUUAGGUGUCCAAACAAUUGAUGAAAACUCUAAAACACUGCGAGAGCAUAUAAUUGAUCAUGUUGUAUUAAAAGCUUCAAAUAGUGAUUUUAAAAGCCAACAGAAAGACCGAUCAGAAUUUUCACUUGAAGAAAAACGAAAAAUCACCGAAGACAUUUUAAAUGAUAGUCACUCAAAGUUUUUAUACAUCUUUGGUGAAUAUUUAUUAGAAGAUCACUUAGAAUACUUCAAGUCUGGAAAUCAUGAUAAUUAUGAAAUACAUUUUCAUCUACACAGAUUAAGCCGAUUAAUAAAUUCUAAAAAAGUUAUUUGUAAAAAUCGACGUUAUCAAGCUAUGCUUGAACUUCUUAAAGGCGAUUACUUUAGUGAUAAUGAAAUGCGAAAUAGAGAACCUUUACUUUGGGAACAACUGGUUGGUCAAUAUCUAUCCGAAGAAGAAAAGUUUAACUACGAUAAUCAAUACUUAGCUCAAAAUUCGUUAACUGAAGUUUUAUUGGAACAAAUUGAUCGUGAUAAUAGAGAUGAUUUAAAGCGGAAACAACAAAUAGAAGAAAUUCAUGAAGUAGAAGAAGAUGAUGAUAAAUCAAAUAAACCAUCAACGGCUAUGGAAGUUCAUACACCUUCAGCAUUUUGGGGCGAGUAUAGUAAACCAAAAAUUGACACAGUAAAAAUUGGCAAACGUCGAUGGAAAGAAGAUCAUUACCUCAAUCUAGAACAGUGUAAUAAUAAAGAACUAAAUGAAAAUGAAAGACUCCUUUUAUUAAAUGAAUUUAAAUCUCAUAUGAUUCACAAAUUUCUUAGUGGUGAAGAAGAUUAUGAUUACAACAAUGUGGAUAAUAAUCCAGAAUAUGAUAACUUGCACAUAAAGUCCAUCGAUGAAGAAGACAAAUAUUUUGAUUCAGAAAGUCCUAUUGAAGGAACACCUGUUAUAAAAGAUGACAGUGAUACAGAGAAUCCUAUAGAAAGUGAUGAUGAAGAAGAUGGAUUAGAUACCUAUAUGAAUAUGCUAAAAAAAAAUGAAAUUACCGAUAGUGUUACAAAUAAAUUAAAAAAUUUAUAAAAUAUUUAACUCCUAUUGUAUAUUUGAAUUUGAAAUUCGUUCAUAAUUUUUAUCAUUAUAAAAUGGUAUUUUAAUAAAAAUCCUUUUUUUAUUUAGUAAUUUGAAACAAAUUAUUGAAUAAUACAAUAUAUUUAAAUCUAAUACUAUCUACGAUUAAAAGGAUUUUUACUUGAACAAAGAUAAAUAAAUGAACACUAUUACCAUUCAA